GCAGGGGGAAAAUGGUGGACUUCAUAGGCUCGUUAGCUUUGUUUUUACCGCUUUACCGAAAUAACCCACAUUAGCUUUCACUUCGUUCUGCGGUUAUAUUUAUGUCCGCGUCGCAAUGUUUAAAAAAGCGAAAAAGUGCAAUUUCAGGCGCAGGAACGAGUCGGACGACGAGGAGAAGGUGGAAAAUGAGCAGCAGCAGCAGUGCGGGCCCGGAGCGAACAGCACUAACACCCCCGCUACACCCGUUACUGUUACCGGAGCUAAUUCUCUUAACAGCCACGGUAACGGAGUUCAAACCAACUCUAUAAAACCACCUAAAGACAAGAUAAAGAGGAAAGAGGGUAAAGACGAGCCUAAAGCUAGCCUACUCAGCUUCAACGAUGAAGAAGAGGAAACUGAAGUGUUUCGAGUGAAGAAGUCCAAUUACAGUAAGAAGAUUGUGAAACAGCUCAAGAAGGAGUACAGAGAGGAAAAAAUCUGCCAUGCCCCGAAUAACAGCGGGUCAAGUCUGCCUGCAGUGGCUGUUAAAGAAGAGCCAAUAAACAGCAGAGGCAGCAGCGAACAAGGAGAAGUCGAGAUGGAGGUGGACAGUAACGAGGACCAGGACGAAGAGAGCGAAUCCAAACGGAGUGGCGGUACAGCCUUCUCCCAGUCUCUGUCUGCACUCAGCUCCCUCAAACCAGGUGAGAUACCAGACGCAGCGUUUAUUCACGCGGCCCGUAAACGGCGACAAAUGGCUCGUGAGCUCGGAGGGGACACGCCAAUCGUGGAGCCCGAGGUCUCAAAUAAACGCCUGGUUCACGAGGACGAGCAAGGAGGCAGCGACGAUGAUGAGAAGAGGAUCGUCUUCAGUGGCGUCAAGCAGAAAAGCCAAAAGCAGAAGAUAGCAGAGGAGAUAGGUAUCGAAUGCCGAGACGAUGAGGCUCUGGAUGCAGAGGGCAACGAUGAGGAGGUUAGUCGCUGGGAGCAGGAGCAGAUCAGGAAGGGCAUUAGCAUCCCACAGGUCCAAACAAGUCAGCCAGAUGAUGCAAGCAUGUACUACCAAGCUGCCUACGAUGCCCAGCAGUAUGCAGCCUCCUACGGCAUGCAGUACGGAUACGCUGUGAUGGAACCUGAUGCUUUAAAACCUGUAAAAGCAGAAAGUAUGGUGCCCUACCCGGUUCCUAGCAGCAGCCUUGCUCCUAUUACUACAGCUCUGGUAAAGAAACGCCUAGUGGACAGGCUAAGCUCCAUGCGGCAGGGCCACGACGCAAGUAGCCGGCGCUACGAGCAGAUCCAGGAAGAGCUGCAGGCGGCCGACAGUAGCAUCCUACAGCUGGAGGACGCCUCGCAACACACCGCCGAGCAGUACAAAUUCUUGCAAGAAAUGCGAGGGUAUGUUCGAGACUUGCUUGAGUGUUUCAGUGAAAAGGUGCCUGCUGUUCUGGAGCUGGAGGCUGCAAUGCACCAGUUACUAAGGCAACGGGCCAUGCGGCGUGUCCAGAGAAGACAGGAUGAUAUUAAAGAUGAAUCGGCGGAGUUUUCGAGCCUUUCAAACAAGGCUGUCAUGGCCCCCAAUUUGGACCCUUUUGGCCGAGACCGUGCAGCCUACCAGGAACUCAGUAAGCAGAGGAGGGUAGCAGAGCGUGAGGCCAGGAGAGCUCGACGCAGACAGGCUCGAGAACAGAACGGAACAAGAGGCGAACACAAAGAGGGGCUGUCCAGCGACGAUGAGGAGACUUCCACUGACAUUUCCAGCUUCAACCUAGAGAGAGAUCGCAUUUUUAAAGAAUCAAAGAAGGUUUUUGAGGAUGUUCUCGAGGAGUUCCAUUCCUUACGCUGCAUCAAGUCCCGAUUUGAGGUGUGGAAGAAGCUUUACUUCAAAUGCUACAGAGAUGCUUACAUUGGCUUGUGUCUCCCUAAGCUCUUCAACCCUCUGAUCCGGCUGCAGCUGAUCCCCUGGUCCCCUCUGGAGGACGACUGCCUGAAUUUUGAAUACUUGUCAUGGUUUGAGACAUUACUGUUCUAUGGCUUUGAGGAGCAGAACAUUGAGCAAGAGGAUGAUGUAGACGCUGGUCUACUACCCGCCAUCAUUGAGAGGGUGAUUCUCCCGAAACUUGCAGUGCUAGUCGAGCAGGUGUGGGACCCACUGUCCAGCAGUGAGACACGCAGACUGGUGGCCUUCAUGCGGCGCCUGAUAAAGGGCUAUCCCACUGUGCUACACGGAGACAACCGCAACACACAGGAACUACUAAGGACAAUAGUCAUGCGUGCCCAGCGAACUCUUGAUGAGGACAUCUUCCUGCCAUUGUUUCCAAAAAAUGUCAUGGAAAACAAGAACUCCAGUCCCUAUCUCUUUUUCCAGAGGCAGUUCUGGUCUUGUGUGAAGCUAUUGGGGAACAUCCUGCAGUGGGACGGCAUUGUGUCUCAAAAUACUCUUAAGGAGCUUGCUGUUGACAGCACUCUGAACCGCUACAUUCUCUCAGCGCUGCAGACAACAGAUGUUGCGGAGGACUGUGUGGAAAAGUGCAAGAAGGUGGUGGAGUGUUUCCCUGUGCAGUGGUUUAGCAGUCUGAAGGGUCAGCAGACUCUCCCACAGCUGGAGAAUUUAUGCCGGUACAUGAUGCACCUGGUCAGUACACUCUACCGUAACAGCCUAAUAGGCUCUGAUGUGGACAAGAGAAAUAACAGAGAGCACAUUAAGGACGUGGUGAAGCUUCUGGGCCGAAUCAACGCUCUGGAUCAUGUCAUCACUGUUGCAUCAGAACAUGGAAUUAAAGACAUCAAAAGCUUGCUUGAAAGUAAAUGAGAGAACACACACAAGGUGUCAUGAACUGCUUUUUCUUCUCCGGGAAGCACAGUAUAUAUAUUAUAUAUUGUGAAUACUGUACAUGUCUUGGUUGAAUUUCUUUUUUUGAUCUUUGCUACUUCGUUAAGGGUUUCUGUCAUUAAGAUGGGUGCAAACAUCUACACUGCAUUGGCGCUACAACUCUGGUUUUAACAGUUAUCUGAUUGCCUGCUUGGACUGUGGAGCCGCAGAAUUUCACAAGGGUGUAUAGUUCAGAGAACACGAGUUUUUUUUUUUUUUUUUUUUUUAGUAGUCCACUGUUGAUUGCAAGACCAGAACAAGGAAGAAACUGCCAUUGUGUUUUAGAAGUGGGUAUCAGUGGUGUCUUACAACCUGUGUUUCAUCAAUGAUGUUGACUCAAUAUCUGCAUCUUAAACAAUAAAUUUUCUCUAAAGCUGAUUGAUUUAAAUGAAAACAAAAAGACUUUUAACUGACUGCAUAAAUUCAUCUGCUGUAACAUGAUUGGUCACAUCUUGACUAAAAAUAGCACUUGCUUUUCUUGCUUGUGUGCCAUGCAUACAGUGUAAAGUGCUUCUCACCUUUGUUGAAUUUUGUGUAUUUUUUAUUUUUUUGAUUGGACUGUUUUAAAAACAUGAAUAAAAGGAAUGUGUCUCAUUAAA